CCGCAUUUCUCCGUAACCAUCCGUCUUAUCACAACUUCCUUCGCAUAUCUGAACGUUUUAUUUUCGUCCCUUUCUCUUCAAUACUCUGCCAAAACAUCUUCCCCACAGAGAAAGAGAAGGAGAAUCGGGUCAGAGUUAUCCGAGGAAGAUUACAUUGAUACUUACGACGGGGAUAACGGGAGUGAAAUGUACUAUGAAUCAGGUAAAGAACGGAACGGGAAUGAGAGGGAGAUGUGUAUAUUGCAUAAUUACGAAAUAUCAAUGUAUUCACUCAUUAACACUGCAUACUGGCUUUUCUCUUUACAAAACACUACAAUAACGAAUAACAUAAGAAACGGAAGACAUACUCGACGAUCCCACGAUCUAAACUUUGAACCGAGAAAGAUUUAUGAAGUCGACUUUAAAGUACACACUCUACCGAAGGCAUCGUCAAAAGACCAAGAUGAAGAAGUGACUCACGUGGCAUCUAAAAGAGCACGCUGCAACACUACUUCGUCAUUUCAUCGAACGCUAUAUGGACGAUUCACAAGAUGUAUUGCAGAAAGCGGGCGUGAUAACUGA